GUGCUUGAAGUGGUGCGACAGGGGACGUGGCGAAUCUCUCUCUCUGCAUUUUUAUGAUUAUUGGCUUUUGAAAACUGUGAUAGAAAACAACACUGUAUCUACCAUGUUUGGGAUUAAUAGCAGAACGACCAUCAAUGAAGACGAAAUCCAAAGUGAACUAAUUCAGAAUGGAAGUCAAGGCAGGCAAAGUCGAUCACAUUCCAUCCAAGCUCGUGAUUCGAAGAAUGAUGGUAAUAAUGGCACCCAAGUAAGGGACAACGAAGAUGACGAAGUCGCAUCGCUACUAAGAUCAAAAAGUACCUUGUCUCUGCCCAUCAGGAGUCUCUCUCCUUUUCGGGACGCUCGCCCACCAACGAAUUCUUUAAACGACGACAAUGGUGUAAGUACUAGCAGAAGCAGCACUCCUGAGCUGACAAUGGAACCAUUAGAAGAGGACAAAGAAGAGGAGGAGGAGGAGGAAUUAGGAAAAGAUUUAUUUCAGCUCCAGUUUAGGAAGUCUUUGCUGAAAGCAUUGAGUUCCUUUUCUGAAUCAAGUGAGAAAUCAAAGUCAUUCCUCGCGGCCAAAGACGCUGACCUUCCUCACACGUCCCUUGCAGACCACAAAGGAACAGAGUCCCAGAAAAUACAGAAGAUUUCUGUCGUUUCCAAGAAAUCGAAAGCUAAGAAGAGGAAAACAAAGCAUCUAGCCGAAGAGGUGUUUGACCAAAAUUUAAUCAGUAAAGAAGUCUGUGAGACCCGUGUUAAGAGGAAAAUGAUUACAAGGUCAUCUGCUGCAAAUUUUGUGAAGGAUUCGACCGAUCAUUCUACUUAUCUCAAUAUUUCACAAUCUAAGAUAAAUAUUUUCAAGGCUGCUGAAGAUGGUGACCUUGGAGCAGUUUUGGGAUUGCUCCCUCACACUGGACCUAGUAUUAGGAAGGGGAAGAGGAGACAGUCCCUCCUUCAUGUCUCUGCAGCCAGAGGACAGAGUGACGUUGUCAUGCACUUGCUGAAUUUGAUCAGUCCUAAUACUGUCAAUAAAGACGGCCAGACACCAGCCCACCUGGCAGCCAUGAAUGGCCACACCCACAUAUUGAAAAUAAUGUUCACUGAUAAAGAGUUCGAUCCUGAUCUGGAAGAUAAUUGGCAAAGAACCUUCAGAGACUUGCUUGUAGCCCCCCUCUUCGAAGCGUCUCUGCUUGGAAACAAGAGAAAGAUCGAGGUUUUACUUGAACUUGGAGCAAACCCUGACUAUCAUGCCGGAAAACUAGUUGAAGGAAUACUGUCACGCGAGCUUAAGGUAACAACAGCCCGGCAAUUAGCUGCUGCCAUUUAUGGAGAACCUUUCAUUAGAGUUUACUCAAAGAAAAGGAAAGACUCUGUCAACGGUCUUAAAGUUACAUUCACGAGGAUGCCCAAGCCCAAUUCAAAGAAGCUGAAUUCAUUACAGCCGUGUGUGCCGACAAUGUUCCUCGUCUGAGAAGGAUGUAGUAUAUUAUGAAUCAUGUUCUAGCAGUAAAGAUUUAGGAAUAUGACACAGCAAAUGAAACACCAUUGGAAAACGUCGGCCCGUCCUUUUAUCUCUGGAAUAAUUCACCAAAGCGUACACGGCAACUCAGGUUAUAUACUUCAUUCAUCUCCAUUCAAGGCAUCUCAGUCAUUUCCAGUUUUGGGCAGUGCCCCCAAUCAUACUCACUCCAGCAGGCUUUACUUGAUAUAAUAAAAGCAUAUUGUUUAUCUGAAAAAUGAAGCAACGCAUAAUGUUUCAUUAAAAAAGUAGAAAACAAAACUCUUGUGCAUUGCAGUCUUCUGUUAUUUUAGUGGCAUGCAUUUUCACAUUACUGCGUAGGAGCUAUCAUGUGAGGCACCGAAAUGGUGUAUUGAGAUUGUUUUCACUGACGUCCUGUUUCCACGCAAAUAUCCUAAACAGUCUGUUUUGGCAAAUUUACACCGAGAGACUCACAUCCACCGCAGCUCAUCAGACCUUAACAGAGAACUCUUUUGCUCUGAAUGAAUUUGUAAUUCUCCGUUGAUUUCAUUACUUGUUUUGAAACCAGCCUUUACAAUUCCUGCUGGCCCGAUAUUUCCUUUUCAUGGUCUCUGGUGAUUAUUCAGAGUUCUUAGAAUCUUUGUUCUGAUAACGAUAUAUUUCAAACAGAUAUUCUCUAUGAAUCAAAAUUGUAAAUGACCUAUUUCUAUUUGCACGUAACCACUAUUCAGUUUAAUAAUAAUGAUAAUAAUCUCUUAAAGAUGACUUGGAUAAGGGUGACAACCUUUUGAAUGUUGUACAUCCUACUUGAUAAUGUUAUAAAUACUCGUAUGUCAGUCCUUCAUCACAAAUAAGAAUCUUCAAUUACUCAUAAUCAAGACCAGUUAUACAAACUCUGUGACCCGUAGUGAGGGUUCUUGCUAUCAUCAACCAGCAAGUUCGGUUAAAAAGUGAAUGAAUUCUCUAGUUUCGUAAGUUUUCAUUAGAUGUGAACUAUUGCACGGUCAAACGAAAACAUUGAUGAGUAGUUAGUUAGCACGUUAUUUAGGAUUAAGCCCGCCUUAUGCCGGCAAGAGUUCUUGCUUCUAGAUUUUGAUGCAAUUGCUAUUUGAGAAUAUUAACGAUAGUCAGCAUUGGUUCUCUUUGGGUCGAUGUGGCAAGAGCAUGCUUUCGGCAUCCUUUAGCAUUGAUACUAACUUUGCACAGAAUAGGAAGGGUUAUUUUCCUUGCUUUUUCUUUUUAUUGGUGAAAAAGAAGUCCAUUCAUUAAACACAAGCAAAGUCAUAGACCAUUUCAUUUUUGACGCAAAAAGAAGACUAGUUGCAACAAAGCAAAGUUGGUUAGGAAAAUGCUGAAAAUGCUCAGAAAAGGGCUCUUGAUUAUUUUAUCCUAAGUCCUUCAUUUGAAAAACAUAAGGGAUUAACUUUUAAGAGCUGGUCGAUUAUAGUGAUUUAGUACUUACUAUUUCUAAGAAGUAAAUACUUUUGAGAUAUGUAGAUGUGAACACAUAAAAUGCGAUGAAAAAUUUUGAAGUAUCACUGAAAACCCUCUAAUAUAGUACGUAAAUAAAAAUACGAUAGUAUUAAGGAAGAAUGUACAGUUCACUCACACAGAGGUACAGCAAGAGCUACUUUAAUGCAAUUAUUUUUAGUAAUCAGGUGAAUGACAAUGUUUUGUCAUACCUAUUUCCUGUAGAUUCCCGAAAAUUAGUUGUAGGAACCAUCGUUAGCUGUCUUAUAUUUCCAUUGUUAGUGAUACGAGUAUAAUGCUGGUUUUAAAUGUGUUAUAUGUUACGUCCAGUUAUGAAAAAUUAUAAGUAGAUUGUGCCCUGUCAAGAACCCGCCGAUCGUGUGAUUGAAGAAGUGGAAGCGUAAGACUAAUCGGACUCAUUGCAGAUAAGAACUCAGAGAAUUCCUAUCUGCAAUUAUACAAUUACUAUAUCAUCAAUAGUCAAUUAGCAAAAUAAUUUGGUAAAAUUUACCUAAGUGUGGUGCAACCAUUGACCAGUUCACUUUCUGAACUUUUAGCUUACACUACAACUCGUUUCCGAGCGCAGUUCUUCCAGGGCAUGAUACUGUUU